AACAAAUAAUAAGGCUUUUGAGCAACUCGAAGAGAGAGAGAGCACCACUCGCCAAAUUCACAAAUUCGUUCUCUAUAAUAUCCCCAAAGGUCUUUGAUUUCUCUAUAAUAAUCACAAAUCAUCCCCCGGGAAAAGCCUAGAAAUUCAGAAGAACAGGGGAAAAUUCUGGGUUUUUUUUUCGUUAAGCAAUGGAUUUCUGGUCUUCCUCUGUCUCUACAGAUAAUGAGUUGGAGAAGUUUGUCAUCAGAAUGAACCCUCCAAAGGUAACGAUUGAUAAUGCAUCGAGCAGGAAGGCGACCCUCGUGAAGGUCGAUAGUGCAAAUAAGAGGGGGAGCUUGUUGGAAGUGGUUCAGGUUUUGACGGAUUUGGACCUUUUAAUCCGUCGAGCUUACGUUUCCUCUGAUGGCGAAUGGUUCAUGGAUGUGUUUCAUGUGACUGAUAAGAAUGGAAAUAAGGUGAUGGAGGAGAAUAUAGCCGAAAGAAUUCAGCUGUCACUCGGGCCGAGAACUUAUAGCUUCAGGGCUCGGAAUAGAUCGGUGGGCGUUCAAGGCGCUUCAGAGAAGAGCACUUCGAUAGAAAUAACAGGAAGAGACAGACCGGGACUGUUGUCCGAUGUCUUUGCUGUCUUAGCCGACAACAAUUGCAAUGUCGUUGCAGCGGAAGUGUGGACUCACAACUCGAGAAUGGCGUCGGUUGUUUACAUUACAGACGAGACCACCGGAUCGGCCAUAGAAGAUCCUACCCGGAUCUCCAAGAUCAAACAGCUCUUGCUCUAUGUUCUUGAGGGAAACAGAGACAAGAGGAUUGCUAACACAGCUGUCUUGAUGGGUUCCACACACAAGGAAAGGAGACUUCAUCAGAUGAUGUAUGAUAACCGAGACUACGAUGUGGCGUAUACCGAUGACAGGUCGACGAGUGAACGGAGAAAACCCAUUGUAACGGUCGAGAAUUGCACCGACAAGGCUUACACCGUCGCGAAUCUGAGGUGCAGUGAUCGGCCUAAGCUGUUUUUCGACGCUGUAUGCACAUUGACGGAUAUGCAGUAUGUGGUUUAUCAUGCCACUGUCAUAGCCGAAGGACCAGAAGCUUAUCAGGAGUACUACAUCAGGCAUGUCGAUGGUGGCCCGGUUAGUUCAGAAGCCGAGAGACAGAGGCUGAUACAUUGCUUGGAAGCAGCCAUAAAGAGACGAAUUUCGGAGGGUAUAAGACUAGAGCUAUGCGGGGAAGAUCGGGUGGGACUUCUAUCGGACGUGACCCGAAUAUUCCGAGAAAACGGUUUAUCAGUGACCCGAGCCGAGGUGACAACAAGGGGUUCACAGGCUGUGAACACAUUCUACGUGACAGAUUCCUCGGGAAAUCCCGUGAAGAGGACGGCGAUAGAGACGGUGAGAAACGAGAUCGGACGAGCGAUUCUUCGGGUUAAAGACGAAGGCUUGUCGGAAUCUAGAGGAGGAGGAGGAGAUGAGACAGGGAAGUUCUUCUCGUUGAGCAAUCUGUUCAAGUCAAGGUCGGAAAAGUUUCUGUACAAUUUGGGUUUGAUAAAAUCAUAUUCUUAAAUUAGUUCUAAUGUUUGGAUUUGGUGUUUUUGUAUUUGUGAAUAAUUGGGGCUGUUUGGUUUAUGGGUUAAUAAAUGUAGUUUAGUUUGUUGUGUAUUUAUUGAUUUGGGGGUCUAGGGUUAGGUUUUGUGUAUGUAAAUAUUGUGUCAAUGUGAUAUUUUAUUCAUGUUUGUGGUUA